AUGAAUUCCACUCAGCCGUCUACACCUCUAGGAGGUGAUCUACAAGGACCACGACAUGCGAGUUUAGAUGAUACCACCGGGAUGUCACCUACAACACAAUUCCCAACCAACAUGAAAAAAAUAGGAGAUCUACCCUUUCAGACCAGCUAUGAAGAAUACGAUCGGUUUAUAUCUGAGAUCACGGCACGUCCAGUGAGUGGCGCCGAGGGUGUCGAAACUAGUCCUAGAGUAGGGGACCACGCAUAUGUGGAUCCUGUUUGUUUCAAUGGACAUUUGAAGAACGUCCGGCUUUUAGAAUCGAGGUUGAAUUACAGGUUUCUUGAGCUAGAAUCAAAAUUGAGGUUCUUGAGGUUAUUGGCAGCGGGAACGGACUUAAAACAAGAUGAUUUGGCUUUGAUAGAGGCGGAUUCUGAGGCCAUGAGCCAACAAGUGGAGUCACUUGAAGCACAAGUUGAAGAGUUGAAGAAAAUCGGGAAAAGCUUGCGAAAGAAAAUUGGGAAAUGCGUCCAACAGGCUGAAAUCAGGAGAUGUAUUGAGGGUAAACCUAUUUUACAAGAUGAAAUUAAUACAAUGAUGCAUGAAAUAGCUGAGGCUAGGGAGUUCUUCAAAGAAAACGGGUUAUUUGAUGAACCCGGAUUGGAAUUGUUAGAGUGGGCAAAAAUGUUUGUCAAUGAGAAUCUUCUGGGUGCCGAAUUGCUCGUUAAUAACAUUGACAAGCUGAAGAAGGAAACCAGAGUUUUGAAAGAGGAGCUAACUAGAGUAGAGGGAAAGAUAGUCAGUAUGGAAGAGCAAGAGAAGUCCCUCGAUGAAGAGAUUGGGAGGUUACAAGCUGAAAAGGAAGCUCUUGAAAAGCAUCUCUCUCAAUUGGACCAAACUGAAGCAUCGGAUAAUGACAUGCGAUUGUCGAAUGAAUACUCGGCAAUCACUAAGCUUGUAGAGACAUGGGAAACGUUCUGA